CUGUCGUGCUUGCGUCAUGGAGGAGUGUGCAGGUUGAUUGCUUCAUGGUGCGUUGCGCCAGUGCGCAAGCAAGUUGUUGCUGCGGGAAGGUUUUGUUUUGGUUUCGAUGCCUCCACGAUUGCUUCUGCAGUAGUGCCUUGCUUGCAUUCACAUUGCUGCUCUUGCCUUCCCUGAUCCAAUCUCCUUCUCCUGUUCACUUUCCCAACCUCUCCUUGCACCUCACCCAGCCUGUGAAACAGCCAACCAAGCAGACCCAUCAACCCAGCCAGCCAAAGAACCAAGCAAACGCACGGCCGAAUUGUGAAUCACAACAUCACAUCCUUCCCUUCGAUCACCCGCAUACGCCCGCACGUCGCACACAAGUCACCACACAGCCCACAAGUCGCCAAUACCAACAGCCAUGUCUCUUCCAGAAGGCGUGACGGAGCUCUACAACGAGUUCUUUGAGCUGACUCAGCUCACCGUGCUGCCAAAGCCCGCACUCGGCAAAGUGGUCACCGUGACCGCGGACAUGUCCGUGCGCGAUGCCACACGCCUGCUCGCCCAACACAACAUCCUCAGUGCCCCCGUGGCAAAGCCAGACGCCAAGGAAGACGAGAGCUGGCUUGACAAAUACGUCGGCACCAUUGAUGCGGUGAACCUGAUGUACUGGAUGCUGGACCAAGUGGACGGCGUGCCACCAGAGAGUGUGGAGGACCUCCUCCGCCAAGAGUUCACCACCAGCCCCAUCUCAGAGGUCAUGGACGCCGAUCCAAACACGAGCCGGUUCUCGCCGUUUGUGCCGCUGGAUGAGGAGCGCAGCACCAUGCUCGACGUCAUGCUGCUCCUUGGCAAAUACGCCCUCCACCGCGCAUACAUCGUUCACACCUGCGGGGACAUCACCAACGUCAUCACGCAGAGCGCUGUUGUCAAGUUCCUGCAUGAGCACAAGGAGCGCAUGGCGUCCACCAUGAACCGCACCCUGAAGCAGCUUGGCCUUGGCCAGAAGGCGCCCGUCACCGUCACUACGGACGACACCUUCUGGACAGCAUUCAAGCUCAUGCGCGAGAAGUGCGUGAGUGCGCUGCCUGUUGUGGACGACACGGGCGUGAACGUCGGUGUUGUGUCCUCGCGUGACGCGCGCCUGAUGAUUGUCCGUCCAACCCGCCUUCGCUUCGUCAACCAGCCCCUCAGCCUCUUCAACGACCUCCACGUCGCCCCAUUCGACGUCGAGACGGUGUGCUGCACGCUUGAGUCGACGCUGGGCGAUGUGGUCGACCGCCUCAUUAGCACACAGGUGCACCGCGUGUUUGUUGUUGACGACAAGAAGCACCCCGUUGGCGUUGUUGCCCUUCGCGAUGUCAUUGCCUGCCUCUGCAAGGAGCCAAAGGGCAGCGCCAUUGCAGACUACUUUGUCGAGCGCUCUCCCGCAUGAACCAUCGACGUCUUCAUCGCCAUGAACAGCCCUGCAUCAGGAGCGGCACACCCAAACAAGCGCGGCGAUAAACGUGCUGUUGUUUGUGCGCACCUUUUCUUAGUUCCCCUUGCUCGACUGCAUUGCACCACUUGCUUUUCGUUGAAUUCAACAAAUCCCUCAUGUCGUCACGCCAAUGCAUGUGCACAGCACUCUUCGUUGAGACCACUUUGCGCCUGCCCUCUGUCUGUCAGUCUCUGAUUUUCUCCGUGCCUCUCUGAUGCUUUCAUCAACCAACGUGCCACACCAACACUUGUGUUUUUCUUGUGUCAUCUUGCUCGUUGUAUUCACGCGUGCGCACAUGUGGUUACCACCCAAUGAAGAGGGCCGACAACUUGAGUGGUGGCGUUCGAAUCGUGAACUUGACAUGAUACGACAGGUGGGAAGCUUAUGAGAAACAUUGAGAAGGAAGACAG